CUCUCUCUGGCCCGCCGUCACUGUGAGCUUCUCGUUGUACAUCAGCCAGACUCGGGUGCAUGUCCACGAGGAUGAGGAGCGCACACGCUGCGUGACGGAGCCAGCGCUCGUCCACCUGGACGCUCACAUGCUUGUCCGCGUCAGCGUUUGGGAAGAGCAUACCUCUGUUGGACUCCUGAGCGUCAGCGUGAAACUGGUCCCGCGCUCCCUCCUGUCUGUUUCUGCCUCCGUCUUUGCCUCUUCUCCGUUUUUCUCCCAGAGGCUAGUCAAGCUCAUCUCCUUCACGUCUGGCUCUCCACCUGGCCUCCAUGAGUUUAAUUGAGGACAAGCCAUUCCUCCCUGGAAGAUGGGAAAUGCUUCAGACGCAGCCACUUUGUUCGCCUCGAGCAUCUCCAAGGAGCAUGACAUCCUCAUGGGUUCCCUCUACAGCUUGUUUUGUGUACUGUCCCUCGUAGGCAACUGCCUUUUACUGCUCGUUGCUCAUCACAAGAGAUCAACUUUGAAACCGGCAGAGUUCUUCAUCAUCAACCUCUCCAUCAGCGACCUUGGGAUGACGCUGUCUUUGUUUCCACUGGCAAUACCAUCAGCUUUUGCACACAGGUGGCUUUUUGGGGAAAUUACCUGCCAGCUUUAUGCCAUGUGUGGAGUGUUGUUUGGACUCUGCAGCCUGACAAACCUCACAGCCCUCUCUUCGGUGUGUUGCCUUAAAGUCUGCUUCCCUACCUAUGGGAACAAGUUCUCCCCCUCACAUGCCCGCCUCCUGGUGGCUGGGGUGUGGUGCUACGCAUCUGUGUUUGCUUUGGGGCCCCUGGCACACUGGGGGCAUUACAGCGCUGAACCUUAUGGCACGGCCUGCUGCAUUGACUGGCACGCACCCAACCAGGAGCUUUUAGCUUUGACAUACAUCGUCUGCCUCUUUGUUUUUUGCUAUGCACUGCCCUGCGCCGUCAUCUUCCUCUCCUACAGCUUCAUUCUGCUGACCGUGCGGGGGUCCCGUCAGGCCGUGCAGCAGCAUGUGUCACCGCAGACCAAGACCACCAAUGCACAUGCUCUCAUUGUGAAGCUGUCCAUAGCAGUGUGCAUAGGUUUCCUGGGAGCCUGGACCCCUUAUGCCGUCAUAGCAAUGUGGGCUGCUUUCGGAGACGCCACACGUGUCCCUCCUGCUGCGUUCGCCCUGGCCGCGGUGUUCGCCAAAUCUUCCACCAUCUACAACCCCAUGGUCUACCUGCUGUGCAAGCCCAACUUCCGGGAGUGUUUAUGUAGCGACACGUCUGUGCUGCGACAGAUGAUCUACAGGGGGAGUCCACAGCCCCAAGAACGUUUUAGCUUUACUCCACAGCGCAACAAGGACACGAGUGCCUCCACGAGAUUCUCAAAUGGACAGCAAGAGAGCUACGGGGCAUGUCUGAACUACACCGAGAACACAGCGCUGUGUAAUGCGUCCGCUCCGCAAAAGACUGCCUGCAUCCUGACGGGAUCCACCUACACAGAGGUGACAGUUAGUCAGCUUUCAGACCACCCAGAAACUGAUUUCAUCUAACGGCAGGAUCUUCUGGUCGCAUGAAGCAGACAACUCUGGACACACGCUCAAACACAAGAAAAGACCUGUUCUAACUUGUGUUCCCCACUAAUAGUUAAAACCAUAGCGACUCCACGGGUUGACGAUGAACUCAGAGUCCCAAAAGACUGAAAUUACGAAUCUGCACUGGUCUGGGUCAAUCAGAAAAGACCUGCCUCAGACGUUUAUGUUUGUCUCAAGGUUUACGUCGCACAACCUGGAAGGUUGCAAAUGGUUUUAUUUUAACCAACGGACGUUUAGGAAGAUUCCAAAAAUGUAAAAAAAAAAAAAACAAUAAGACAUUGGUGCUCCUGCUGGAUCAGGGAAACACUAUUUGUCAGGUAACAAGUGAAAACAACGAAACGUGGGCGACCACAUUGUAAGAAUUAAGGUAUAUGUACAGCUGUAAAGUGUUUCUCAGCCUAAAACCCCCAACGCUCUGUUGACCUAAAGUCAUGUGUGAAUGUUUUGUCCUCAUCGUUACUGGGAUCCAUGGAAAAAGAAAGAUAAAAUCAAACUGACAGCUGCUGUGUGUUGGUAGCACGGAGCAAACACACGUAUCAUGGUCCAUUCAAGCCUUCAGGGGUUUGAGUACCUGACACAAAAAGAAAGAUUUACUGAAGAAGUGAGAGCUCAUGGAUCUGUGGGGCUUUGUCACCAGCAGUCAGUCAGCUAUUUCUGUUUGAAGAGGAUUUUCUAACUCUUAUGUCGACUGUUGGACUUUCAUUCACUUUCUGUUAGAGAUCCACCAAUCAAGCUUUUCAUGCAGAUACCAGUUCUGAGCAUCUGAUGCAGAUAUGGAAACAUUUCUUGAUUUUGUUUUUGCAGCUUCUGUUACCCCCUUUUCUUUCUGGUUUCCAUUGAAGCAGUAAACAAGUGUGGGUCUAACCCUGAGGACCCCAUGGGGAUUUUGGGGUACACCAUGUUCUGUCGUGGUUUUGAUGUAUGUAUGGGUGUUGUUUCUGACUGGCUUAAGUUCUGAAUAGCGAAUGUGUACUAGAAGUGGUUAGAUAGUAAGCCAAAGACAUCAGAAAGAAAUUGCUGCCACCAGUUUCAAGCCUCCAGCAUCCUGGGGUGAGUGAAGCAUCUGCAAAGUGUAGCUUGAGAUCAUGUAGUUAAAACUAAAAGCAUUCACACCCCUGGCAGAUUUACUUAAUUUACUUACUUAAUUUUGGAGGCCCAGCCAGACUACCCACUUGAAUCUGAUCUAAUCUGUCAUUCCAGCUACAGAUUGGAGUGAUGCAAGGUGGCCUUCCAACCUCCAAGAAUUGGAGUUCCUAACCAAAGAUAAAUUGUCAAAAUAGAAUACAAUAGAAAUAGAAUAGAAAUAUCCUUUACUGUUCUUCAGUGGGGAAAUUGGUGUGUACCAGCAUCAUUGACAGGCAAGUUGGAGCAUGCAGAUUAACACAAAUACAAAAACAGAAAAUAGGGUAUAAGUGACUGUACAGUAAGGGCAAAUUUACAAUAUAAAAAUACUGUGCUGUUACUAAAAAUAGCAAACUCCGAUUCAAAUGGAAUAUGCAUCUGAGAAGGAUAAUAAUUAAAAAAAAAAAACCACAACAUGCACAAGUGUAUUUGUGCAUUAAAGAGACAACAAACUGUGUACAAGAAAUGGAAAAACUGCAAAUAACAGCAGCCAUGUCAACACAUAUUGAAUUUGCUGGGAGCACUGAUGGUUAUAAACUGUAACAGCUGCUGAGAAAGGAUCUGCAAUAAUGUGGGGCGACGGUGGCACAAGGAGUUAGGAGUUCAUCCUAUAACCGGUGGGUUGCCGAACCCCCACUCUGACUGUCUCAGUUGUAGUGUCCUUGGGCAAGACACUUCACCGGCUUUGCCUGCUGUUGGUGAUCAGAAGGCCCAGUGGUGCUGAUUGAAUGACAGCCUCGAUUCUGUCAGCCUGCCUCAGGGCAGCUGUGGCUACAAAAUAGCUUACCACCAUCAGCAUGUGAGUGUGUGAUGUGUGGAUGACUGAGUGUAGUUUAAAGCACUUUGGCGUCCUCAGGACUUGAUGAAGCACUAUACAAGUGCUGGCCAUUUCCCAUUCACCAUUAAACUCCUCUAUGUACCUAGGAUGCAGCAAUCUGUGACUGAAUGAGCUCUCCAGCUCUCCAACAGCUUCAUGUCUGCGAUGGGAGACUGGUUCAACAGACACAUUUUUGUUGCCAGAGUCCUGAAUUAAAUUAAAUUAAAAAAGUGUAAUGAAAUAAAUAUGAAAUCUGCCAUGGGUGUGAAUUUUGGGCCUUAAGUGAACUUGCCGUGUGAGGCCUGCGGCUCUCAUGUUGUCAAAUUUUUCAACCUGUCCAAAAAAACACAUCUGUGGCAGAUUUUUGCAGCAAAACCAAAACUAGAAACAGAAUAGUGAACACAUAAAAUAGAAAUAAAAUGUUGCGUGACAGUGUAAAGGAGUGAGUUCCUGCAUUUAAUGAAUAGGAAAGAAAAACAAUCUGACGUUUCACAAUCUGACCUGCCAAUCACUGAUCAGAGCCAAUUAACAGUAAAUUGGCUGAUUCUGAUCUGUGCAUAGUGAAAGCACAAUCAUGCAGGCUAACUGCAUUCAAACUGUGAUUAGAUACUGGAAGAUAUUGGAUGAUUUGUGUUAAUGGAGAUCCAUUAUUUAAGUAAGAAUUGAAAGACAUCUGCAAUCUAGUACAUGAUAACAAGGAAUGUUUUACUGAUUUUAUAUUAAUCUCAGAGCAAAAACCAGGGAAAGAUUAACAUUUUUUAAAAAUGUAAUUUCCAAAGUGGUUUAUAAACUGACAAAAAAUAUAGUUACCCUAAUUAUUGCUUCAAUGUUUUUAUUUAAGCAAUCAUUCACACAUAUCAAGGCCACUCAUCUGAUAUGGAAACGAGAUUAAACUGUUGCUCCUUUCAUCUAUGUCUUGCUCAUCUUUCCCAGCAGCUGAUGUGAAUAGCUUUAAACAGGGAAAAAAAUGUUCCUUAGAUCCAUUUAAAUUGAGGAAAUGAUUGUAUCUGAUAUCCUGCAUGCUGCUCCCAAAAAUUUGCUUUCCCAGAAAUGACAAACAGCACUUUGCUAUAUUUAAAUCUGCUCUUUUCUUUUUUUCCAUGUGGUACAGUGCUGUGUGGCUUUAUGUGCAUGUAAAGAUAUUAUUGACAAAUUAGAAAUAAAAUAUUGUAGAAAUUAUUUAAUAAAGAAUUGAAGAACUUCA